AUGACUCCGCCGGACACAAACGCCAUGGGCGACAUUAUGGAGGAACAUCAGGGAUCGGGCAGCAAUGGAUAUGGCGGUCAUCAAUCAGAGAGUUCCAGAAGUCCUCUGUCUAGUUUUGGCUUCCUCAAGAAUUUGACAGGCGACAAGAAGACCACGAAAGAUGGCCAACCGCCGAAGCGGAGGGGCCCCAAGCCGGACAGCAAGCCUGCCUUGACAAGACGGCAAGAGCUUAACCGGCAGGCACAGAGAACGCAUCGGGAGCGGAAAGAGAUGUACAUCAAAGCCCUGGAGCAAGAAGUGCUCCGCCUGAAAGAGACCUUCCAGACCACCGCGCGCGAACGCGACAGCUUUGCCGAGGAGAACCGCAGGCUAAAGCAACUGCUCGCCGCCCAUGGCAUCACCUACGACCUGUCAAGUCCGAGCACGUUCAGCAGGAUCGGCAGCUCCGGCUUCAUGGACAGCUCUGUGGGCAGCGCAGGCAGCUAUCACCCCGGAUCCGCAUCAACCGGCUACACGUCGCCGCCACCACCAAAUGCAAUGCCCCAGAUGCCGGGCCAGGCACCGCUGCCCUCGCCGCCGCAGCCGAAUCCAGGCAUGGACUACGACCAGAUAGGCAUAGACUUUGUCUUAACUCUCGAACGACCCUGCAUGGACCACAUGCAGUUCCUCUGCGUCCGUUCGCAGGACAGCGAGGCCGAUAUUAGCGGCCAUGCACUCAUGGCCACGUGCCCACCCGAAUCGCACAUCGUGGAGCGCCCGGAGGAGAAGUAUCCGCACAAGAUGCCGGAUGUGGGGAUCAAGGAUCUGAUGAAGCUGCUGGACUUGAGCAACAGGUUGGGGCUGGAGGGGGAGAUCACGCCGAUCAUGGCUUGGGCUCAAAUCAUGGGGCAUGAGAGCUUCUUCCAUUUGAAGAAGGAGGACUUCUCUGCUAUGAAGGAGGACCUGUUGGCGAAGAUCAGGUGCUACGGGUUUGGCGCCGUGCUCGAGGAGUUCGAGGUCCGCGACGCGCUGAGCAACGUCCUUGCCAUGAAGCUUGAUACUUAUGCCUCCCUUAACGGGUCUAACAUGGUCUCCGCGACUGCUUGGAACCAGUAG